AUGGCGAAACAAGAAGGAUGGAGAAAGCAAGGUACUCAGCAGGGAGGAAGGAUACUUGUCGUGAGGCAAAGAGGAAGACAAGGAAUAUGGAGGAAUGAAGGAAGUGCAGGUGUUUUCACUAUAUUUGUGAAUAACAUACCAAACUCAGUGAUUCCAAAGGGGUUCUACAACUUAUUCACUAAGUUUGGUGUGUUGAAGGAUGUGUUCAUGCCGCAAAAGAAAAUAAGGGUUAUUAACACAAGAUUUGGCUUUGUAAGGUUUGAUUGUUGUGUGGCUGCCAAAAUAGUAGUUGAAAAAGCAAAUGGACUAUGGGUGGAUGAUAAGGCAAUUGAGGUGGGUGUGCAAAGACUUAGUAAGGCGGUGGAGGGCGAUGCCAAGGUGGGGGUGGCCUGUAGGGAUCGAAAUACGGCGGCGGAGGUGGACCGGGACACGGUGGUGGCGGACCGGGUGGUCCAUGGUGGUGAUGUGGCGGUGGAGGCGGAGGAGGAGGAGACCAGUAAUAGGGACGAUGACGAUGUGACAGCGGCAAUGGGCCGUAUAAACCUGGUGGCGGAGGCGGCGGCCGUGGCGGACCAUCAGGAUCCGGUGGCGGUGGAUGUGGGUGUCUUCUAA